AUGCAGUCCUCGGGCAACGACGCUCACAGCCUUGCCAUACCAUCGUCAUGGACAUCUCCCGGUGACGUCCCGAAAGAGGCGCUCGAUGCUCUCGAAACCUACAAGAAGAAGGACCCAUCCAAAGUGAUCGUACGGUUCAAGGCGGUCGGGAACGCGCCGAUCAUGAAACAGAACUUCUACAAGAUCACGGCUUCGAAUCGCUUUCAGGCCGUUAUCCAGUUCUUGAGGAAGGAGCUAGGGUGGAAAGCGGGCGACCCUCUGUUUACGUAUAUCAACCUCGCAUUCUCGCCUGCACCUGACGAUACCGUUUCGAACCUGUUCAAGUCUUUCUCGACGGACGGACAUCUCAUUGUAAAUUACAGGUGCGCUCUGGGUCUUCGACGGAUGCCGACGUUGUUUGACUUUCCAUCCUCCUCGCAGUACCACGGCCGCAUGGGGCUAAUUCAUCUUUGUGUACCGCAACUCAUCUACAAUUCACGUCCGAAAGCCAUCACGACUCGUCCGGAAGCUCUCCAUGCGCAAGCCGAAAGCGCACCGUCGACGACCAACGAAUAA